AUGUGCUUGACUUCGAUUUCGAGAAGCAUCUCCCUGUCGAACAACAACGUGUACGCGUGCCUGGUGUGCGGGAAGUACUUCCAGGGCAGGGGCCGCAACACGCACGCCUACACCCACAGCGUGCAGAACGGGCACCACGUCUUCAUCAACCUGCGGACGUGCCGGGUGUACUGCCUCCCGGACUCGUACGAGGUGGUGGACUCGUCCCUGGAGGACAUCAAGAGGGCGCUCGACCCGAGAUAUUCUCCGGAGUGCAUCGCCGUCCUCGACAAGAAUACAACGUUGUCGAGGGACCAGUACGGGGUGGCGUACCUGCCGGGAUUCGUGGGGCUCAACAACCUCAAGUGCACGGACUUCGUGAACGUGGUCCUGCACGCGCUAGCACACGUGCCGCCGUUGCGCAACUUCUUCGUGGAGCCGGACAACUACAAGGACAGCAAGUCGACGUUGGUGCAUGCCUUCGGGGAGGUGGUGAGGCGCGUUUGGUCCCCGAGCAACUUCAAGAGCGCCGUGUCCCCCCACGAGUUCAUCCAGGCGGUUUCCUACGCGUCCAAGAAGCGGUUCCGGCCCGGGGUGCAGUCGGAGGCGAUCGACUUCCUGGCUUGGUUGCUCAACUCCCUCCACCAGGGAUUAGGCGGGACGAGGAAGGCCGGGAGCAGCGUGGUCUUCCAGACGUUUCAGGGGCUCGUGGAGGUAGAAACCCUCACCAAGAAGAAGAAAGCAAUCUUGGACGAUGACGACGAGGAGGGCGGGGGUGGAGUAGGGAACGCUCGUGGAAAGGCAGGGGCGGCGGCGGCGGAGGACGAGCUGGUCGGUUUCGACGAGGCCGACUGGGACAAGAAGAAGGCGGAGGUGCCCUUCUUGCACCUCACCCUUGACAUCCCGGCGACGCCUCUCUUCAAGGACUCCCAAGGGGGCAACAUCAUCCCGCAGAUCCCGCUGUUCAAGGUGUUGGACAAGUACAACGGGGAGAACUGGACGGACGUGGUGAAGGGAGGGGUGCUAACCCGCAAGCGAUACGUGCUGCGACGAUUACCCAGGUACCUGAUCUUCCACCUCGCCCGCUUCACCAAGAACAACUUCUACGUGGAGAAGAACCCGACCAUCGUCAACUUUCCCGUCAAGAACCUAGAGCUCAAGGACUGGCUACGAGCCGAAGACCCCGGCCUGCCUAAGGAGGAAGACUUGGCGGGCAUGUCGAUCAAGCAGCUCAAGGCACACCUCAACAAGUACUCAAUUUCCAGCAAGGACUGCGUCGAGCGCAGGGACUUGGAGGAGAAGGUACGGGAUACGCUCAUCAAGACCGUGCCCGAGCUGCUGGCGACCAAGUACAACCUCCUGGCCAACGUCUGCCACGAUAGCCCCCCAGGGCAGGGCAAGGAGGGGCAGACGGACCCCCUCUCGGCCGGCUGCUACCGCGCUCACGUCCAGAACAAGGCCACGGAGCAGUGGUACGAGGUGCAGGACCUUCACGUGCAGGAGACCAUGCCGCAACUCAUUGGUCUCAGCGAGAGCUAUAUCAUCAUCUACGAGCGGAAACGCGGAGUAUGAUUUUGGUCAAAAAUAGUUUAUCGCUUUUUUUUGUAGGGUACAAUAGAGCGAUUUUUUUUUUUUUACGUAGGAUUGGAACACUGCUGUCGAAGACCCUCACGCCUCCCAAGUCUAGAGAGGCGCAUAGAAUGAGAGCAAGAGAGAGAGAGAGAGAGAGAGAGAGAGAGACAUGGGCGAGACAGAGAAACAUACGAAAGAGACAAGAGAACGGGUAUGUUGCGUGUUGCAGCGACGGGGAAGUGGAGGAGGAGUGAGGAUACCUUUACCGUCCCUUUGUCGGCGUCAUCGAUGCGGGAAAUAUUGACUGAUUGCCUCGUGGAGUAGGUGUAAUCGACGCGGGAACGGCUGACUUGGCCGACCUGCUUGGCGAGAGCUGCACCCUUCGUGGUACCUGAUCCCUCGGCAUCCGCCAUGACGGAGCUGCACCCCCCCGGCACUGACGAUGGAGGCGAGACGCUGAAUCAACUGUUGCGGGAGAGAGAAUCACAGAAAACAAUACAACAAGAACGAGUUCAUCGUGUAAAUGGGAUGCAAGUUCACGUUUCCCUUUUGCCGUGGCGCGGUGUAAAAUUGCGCUACCGCUGCAGAUGGCGAAUGCCUGUUGCCUGAAGCUUGUGGAUUGUGUGGCCUACACGGUGCCUGGAGGGAGUUGUGUGGCGUUAUCGCUGGGCACCGAGGGAGUAUGGUGCCCCGCCGCGAGACGAUCGCUGAGGGCGUCGAAACCUUGCCGUGGCGCGAGAGAGAUGGGCACGAUAAUUAGUCCUUUUU